AUGUUCAGCAAUUUUAGGCGAAAACUAACUAAUCCCCGAACGAAGGUAAACUCACCAACAAGUCUUUUUCCGACAAGUGGUGACGACACUGUCGUCAGGGAAAGCAGCGAAGUAUUCGCAAAACAAGCUGCCAAAUCCACAGAAUCCUCAACACUACAAAAUGUUUUCAUCACUGAGCCUGACUUUACCACAACCUCUGUGAUUUUAAAUUCAUCUGACAGUAACGAACAUAAACCAUCGCAAAAUUGUACGAUGAAUGGAUAUGGCGCUAAUGAUAAUAAUAAUAAUAAUAAAUGUGAUGAAAAUAGUGACAUUAAAUCGACAACACCAGUUCAUAGUCAAUCUGAAAAUAAUUCAUUCAAUGAAAACAACUGGAAGACAAUCAAUGAUCCAUCUCUUGCAAAUACUACAAAUAAUUCAGAUUGUCAAAGGAACAGAGCGAAGUCUGUUGAGCAUAAAUCUGAAGAGAAUCCAACAACAACAAAAGCAGCACCAGCACUAGUGACGACAACAACCCUAACACCGGGUAAAUGUCAGUUACACAAAGCUUCAAUUGUUGCCUCAUCACCGCUGUCUGACUCUAAUAAUUGUUGCUGUUCAACUGGUGAAAAUCCUAAUCAUCUUAAUAACCGUGCUAUUGACAGUAAUGGUAAAGGUUCGUCAACUGCUCACUUAUCAUCUGUGUCAUCUUCUACAAAAUAUUCUAAAAUAGAAGAUAAUCGAAAGUUGGAAUUAACUGAUAACCAUGAGAAACUAGAGACACAACAACACAAACAUAAUAUCAGUCAAUUAUCUAGUCCAAAUAAGCAAUCAACUUAUCCUAAAAUCUUAUCACCUAGUAAUAACUUACUUACUAAUAGUGACAAUAAUUCUUGUUGUUGUAAUGAUGUUUGUGAAAAAAUGAAUGGUCAAUUGGAUAGAAUGUGCACUUUAAACUGUAAUAGUAAUUCAUUAAAAUUAACUGAAUCGCCUAUUUAUGAUAACUGUAUACCGGAUAUUAUUAGCUCAACAAAUCAUCAUCCAGCUAAGGAAAGUGUUAGUAGCUGUAAACAGCGAAACAAUGGAUAUUUGUUAUUAUUCAAUAAUAACAAUAACAACAGUAAUACCAUACUGACAAACAGUCAUAAUAAUCAAUCACCAUCAAAUACUGGUGCAUCCCGUACACCACGUAGUCCAGGUGUAACAAAUAUUGGUAGUAAUACAACCUGGAAUUCUGUAGAUGGUUUCAAUUCCUCGCGUAUUGUUGUCGGUACUACUAUACAAGAAGAAGAAACGGAAAAUGAUGAAGUUGUACCUACACAACAAGUUAAUUCUUCGGCUACCGAUCGAAAUGCUAAACAGAAUCCUUCGAUCGAAUCUGAUGGUAAUAACGGUAAUCAAACAAAAAAUGCAUCAAAUUUAUCAAUUCACUUAGGUCCAAGUCUUGCAGCGGCUGUUGUACAGGCAUCCGAUGAAACAGGUACAGCAACAGCUGAUUUAGUCGCAGGCUUAGCUGAAGUUCGUCGACGACCAGUUGAUGCUAGAAAUAGGCUUCGUCGUCUUGGAUUAAUGCAGACUGCAGAUAAUGGUGACAGUGUAUAUGAAGAUAUAUCAAUUAAUGGUAAAAUUGGGAAUAACGUGUCAAAUAGAUUAUCUCUUCCUGCAAGUAUUAAUCUCCCACCACAUUUAUGGCGUCGAGCUACACAAUUUUUAGAGGAACCAAUGUCUAGGCGUGAACGUCGGUGUUCGUUGUCUGAAAUCGGUUUUGGAAAACUUGAAUCCUACGCAAAACUGGAUUUAUUAGGUCAAGGUACAUAUGCAACCGUGUACAAGGGUAAAAGUCUUCUAACAGAAACGCUUGUGGCUUUAAAAGAAAUACGUCUUGAACACGAUGAAGGUGCUCCAUGCACAGCUAUACGUGAAGUCAGCCUACUACGUAAUUUACGUCAUGCAAAUAUAGUCACUUUACAUGAUAUUAUACAUACAGAGAAGUCAUUAACCCUUGUCUUUGAAUAUGUGGAACGUGAUUUAAAACAAUACUUACAUGAUUGUCAUGGAAUUAUGCAUCCGGAUAAUGUUCAGUUGUUUUUAUAUCAACUACUACGUGGUUUAGCCUAUUGUCAUGAGCGGCGUAUACUUCAUCGUGAUUUGAAACCCCAAAAUUUAUUGAUCAAUAGUAGAGGGGAUUUAAAACUUGCAGACUUCGGUUUAGCCCGUGCUAAAUCAAUACCAAUUAAAACUUAUUCUAAUGAAGUUGUUACACUAUGGUAUAGACCGCCAGAUAUAUUGUUAGGAUCAACCGAAUAUUCAACACAUAUUGAUAUGUGGGGUGUUGGUUGUAUAUUCUAUGAAAUGGCUACUGGAUGGCCACUUUUCCCUGGAUCUACUGUAGGCGAACAAUUAACAUUAAUUUUUAAACGAUUAGGCACUCCAAAUGAAAGUAAUUGGCCAGGUGUUACAACUCAUCCGGAUUAUAGUAAAGCACUAAAAUAUGGUCCAUAUCCUGGUGAACCAGGCGGUCUUCACCAUUUAACUUUACGCUUAUCUCGUCGUGCUCAUCGACUAAUGGAAGAAUUGUUGAUAUUUCCUGGGAACCAAAGAAUCUCAGCUGCUAAUGCAUUGAAACAUGAAUACUUUUUUGAAUCAUCCCGGUUUCCAUUUCCAACAUUUAGUAAUCUACCACCAGCUUCAAGCAUAUUUGAUGUUCCUGGGGUAAGAUUAGCAUGUGAUCCUGGACGAAGUGCUAGCCUACCCACAAGUCGACUGAAUGGAUCAAAUUAUUUCCCCACCAAUGGACAUAAUGGUGAUGUUAAUUCAAGGAUUAAUAGUUCUCAAGUAAAACUUAGUCAACCACAAACAGAAAUGAAUAAUUUCGUUAUGUAUCGAGGUAAUCAAGAGCACCUUAAUCAAAUACCAUUGUUAAAUUGUACUAAUGGUAAAGUUCCUCAACUUCAGAGUUAUAAUACUGCUGCUAACAAUAACAUUAUCAAUAAUAAUAGUAAUAAUAACCAUUUCUACCCCAAAUAUCAUCAUGCUAUCGGUAAUGUUCCCCCGCCAUUACCGCCCCAUCAAUCAACAUCUAAUUCAGUGUAUGGCAUACAGGCAUAUUUCCACCAGCCAACUGUUGGUCUGCUACACGCAGAUAGUGGAUCUCGUCGACCACUGUCAACAGCAUUCGAAUCGAGUUAUACUCUUACAAAUUCUAAACCGAUUGUUAACGCAAUUAAUAUUAUCAGUCCAACAAAAUCAAUGUCUGGACAUUGUCAAAUGAAACCGACAACUAUUAGCUAUAAGCCUCAAGCAGUUAAUCGUUCUAGCUGGUUAAAUAUUGGACGACAAUCUUCGGGACGGUUUGAAGAUCGUCGGAGAAGCCUUUUCUCAUAG